AAGAACAAGAAAUUUAACUAAAGUCUAAAGAUGACGUUAAAUGACCAAGCAUACAAGGAAGGUAGGUUUUCUACGGUAGAAGAGCCGAAUGAUUUUAAUCAAAGAAGCGAGGUUUCUGAUUUUUUUUCCGGUCGAACAAUACUCAUAACUGGAGGUUCUGGAUUUUUGGGAGGACUUAUACUGGAAAAACUUUUGAGAUCCUGUCCAGAAAUUAAAACGAUUUAUUUAUUGAUGAGAGGAAAGAAACAGAAGGAUAUGCAGACUCGAUUUAAAGAAUAUUUUAACAAUACCAUUUUUGAUAAAUUGAAGAAAGAACAGAAACAUGUCGAAAAGAAGAUCGUUUUAAUAGAAAGUAAUAUGAGUGAAUUGAAGUUAGGAAUAUCAGAGGAAGAUUGCGAACGUAUUAAAGAUACUGAAGUGAUUUUUCACAGUGCAGCAUCCGUGCGUUUCAAGGAUCCACUUCGUUAUAUAAUUAAUAUAAACGUCAAAGGAACGAGGGAGCUCCUUUUGCUUGCACAAGAAAUGCCCAAUUUAAAGAUUUUCACCUAUUUAUCAACGGCAUUUUCGAAUUGCAUUCAUAGAAAGAUCGAAGAGAAAUUUUACGAGCCACCGUUAAAGACAGAGAGCAUAAUAAAAUUGGCAGAGAUUUUGAAUGAUGAUCAAUUGAAUUUGAUUACGCCAAAAUUACUCGGUAAAUAUCCCAACACUUACACGUAUUCGAAAGCAAUCUGCGAAGAUACUGUACGGCGAUAUUCAAAUGGAAUUCCAGUUUGCAUCGUUCGACCAUCUUCUGUUUUGUCAACGGAAAAAGAUCCGAUUCCCGGAUGGAUAAAUAAUUUCUAUGGAUUGACGGGCGCCAUAUUUGCUGCUGCUAUUGGUAUCCUACAUGUAAUGCAUUGUAAUUUAAAAUUAAUAAAUGACAUCAUUCCCGCUGAUUAUGUUGUCAACAAUAUCAUCGUGGCAACAUGGGACACCGCGAAAAACAGAUCUGUAUUGCCGAGUAUUACUGAUUCCAAUAAAGAUAACAAGUCCUUACCAGUUGACGAAGAAAAGAUUCCAAUUUAUAAUAUCGUCUCCUUUGCUCAAAAUCCAUUGACUUGGAGAUAUUGUUGUUCAAAACUAGAUGAAUUGAAGUCUACCAUACAUUCCAGCAAAAGCGUAUGGUACCCUUUCGUUAUAUGUCACGAAAAUAAAUACUUAAUUGAAUUAUUAUCAAUUUUCUGCCAUUGGAUACCAGGAUUUAUAAUGGAUUCAAUGAUUUAUCUCAUGGGAAAAAAACCAAUGUUUCUAAAUAUUUAUAGAAAGAUUGAACAAUAUAAAAACGUAGUGUCUUUUUUUUCAACUCAUCAAUGGGAAUUCACUACUGAUAAUGUUGUAGCAUUAUGGAAUAAGCUAUCUGUUGUCGAUAAACAUAAAUUUUUCUUUAAUAUUGCCGAUCUUAACUGGGAUUCUUACUUUAUAACUUAUAGCAAAGGAGUUCUAACAUUUAUUAUAAAGGAUGAUGAAAAGGACAUAAAGAGAGGAAAAAUUUUGUAUGAAAGAUUGCGGAUAAUUCAUUAUACGUUAGUAACUGUGCUAUCUGGCUUGUUACUUUGGGGCCUUUACUUGUUAUUAGAGUUUCUUUAUACGUUUUUAUUUUCUUUUUGAAGAUCCUUAAACAAAAAAAAGACGGGUAAAUAAAAACAAAAAACGAA